CGGCGGCUUUGGACGAAUUCAAACCCCGCAAGCUCUGCCGCUGCCGCUGCUGCUCCUCUCUCCCCAGCUCCCCCGGAUGGGCUCGGGGAGCCCCGGGGCGGCCGCGGCCCCUCUCCGCCGCCCGGAGCUCAGGAACCCGCUCCAGCGUGAGUGAAGCGCAGCUGCCUUCUCUGUGUGCUCUCCAGGAGACCGGGAGGCUGCUCCUUCCCUCGAGAUGGCAAGUGCUGAAGCUGGGAGUAGCUGUGGCUGAGCGGCAGGGCCCCCCGGCCCAUGCCAGCCAGCCCAAGAAAGCUGGACCCUGGAGAUCCUUGCUCAGUGACGUGGCUGUUUGGACACAGCCUGCUCCUGCUCCUGCUGCAGUAGCGAUGCUAGUGCCCCCACGCAGCUGCAGUGAGGAGCUCUUGGCCUGUGCAAGAGUGAAUCCCAGGCUCCUCAGCUCAGCUUAGCAGUGCCAGUGGCUAUGGAGUGACCUGCGUGCAGGUGGUGCUCGGGGCGCGUGGGCACAGCAGGAGGCUGGAGCUUGCUGCCUGAGCCUAAAUGCACCCUGUCCACGCACUCCUUGCAGCCAGAGUGCCUCACCUCUGCCAUGAAUGAUGCAUCGACAAUGGAUUAUGAACUCCUGUCCCCCUCCUUGGUCGAGCACCCGGCCAGCACUGCGGGCAUGGAUGCUGAGCAAAAAACCGUCUUUGCCUUUGUCAUCUUCCUCCUGGUCUUCUUGGUGAUGCUGAUGGUGCGCUGCUUCCGCAUCCUGCUGGACCCCUACAGCCGCAUGCCUGCCUCCUCCUGGACUGACCACAAGGAGGGGUUGGAGAGGGGCCAGUUCGACUACGCCUUGGUGUAGAGGGCAGGGAUGGGGCGAGCCUGGGUGCUCUGUGUGCCUCCCAUCCCAGCUGGCCCCGGCCCCGGCCCCCCCUUCCUCUGUGGUGUUGCCCCGGGCCAGCAGGGAUGCUCAGAGUGGGGAGGUGAGGUCGGGCUCUUGUCUGGGGUGGGUUUUCUAGGGGUUUCUCUCUUUUCUAAGCACUUUUCAGUUCUCUUCGCAGUCUGCAGCACUCUUGGCGAGAUGUGUUGGAGGGGUGAUAUGACUCCCCAUGGUCCUUGCUGCCUGCCGUGCCCUUGGGCAGUGUUGUGUGCUGCAGUGAGGGGCAGGAGCCGAUGGGAUGGGGCACGGAGGACCUGCCCUCAGCCACAGCCCACAGAGCUCCUGGUCUGGGUGGCUCUGCCUGGUGCCAGGCCAGAAUUUUGACCCCCACCUCCUCCUGCCUCCCACUUUGCCCUCGUCUGUGUCCUCUGGGGAGUGCUGACCAUGGUCCAGUGUGUGUGCGUGUAUCCCUGUAGCUGAGCUUUGUCUGUGAGGUGGUUUGUAGGCACCUGACCCAAGUGCUGGCUUUGUUCCUCUCUGUGUGGCAGCCCCAAGUGCCCCUCACAAGGAAGGGGCAGGUGGAGACCCCGUGUGCAGCCCCGUUUUGGCAUCCAGCCCUGCAGCCUGCUCUCUGCUUUACACCGUAGUGACCUGUCCCUGCCGAAUUGUGAAAACGGUCCGAGCAAGGCACAAUCCUGCAGCCACUUGCAGACCUUCCUGGGUGGCCCUGCUGGGAUCAGAAGUCCCACACAACACUUGGGAGAUGCCCUUCAGCCAGCCCAGGCCUGGCAGUACCUUGCAGUACCCCACUCUGGGAAGUCCCUGCUCCAGCAGGAUCUGGGCAGCCUCCUGGUGUCGGGGUGUGCUGGGGACGGCGGGCCCUUCCCUGACCAUCCUGCGCCGAGGUAGCAGAAGGGCUCUGUAAGUAGCUGAGGGGAAAAUACGGCUGUGCUCCCACCCCGCUGUGGGAUCCAUACCUCUCGAGUAGGGGUGCUGCAGCUAGUCACAGGGCUGGCUAGCAAAAGCUGUGGUGGGUUAUGGUGUGGGACAGUAAGAGGGUUUGUACGAAGGGAUUUGAGCCCAUGGGGGAGAACUUCCUUGUGCACCAUGGAAAUAAAGCUGCACUGUGCUAACCCCA